AUGCAGCAGCAAUAUCCGAUUGACCUCCGCAUCCCGGGAGCAAAGGACUACUCUGGGAAGACGGACCCAGAGGAGCAUGUUAAUUCCUUCUACAGAAACAUGAUAAUGAUAGGGGUAUUUGACGCCGUGAUUUGCCGAGCGUUCUUUUCCACCCUCUCCGGCCGGGCGGCCGAAUGGUUCAAAUCCGUUAAACCGGGAUCAAUAACAUGUUUCGCCGACCUGGCGACUAAGUUUGUGCGGCGCUUCGCAAUGUCCCGGACCAUCCGGAAACACUUCACGCACCUAGAAGCGGACUUCAUAGUACACCCACCGCAAACUUAUGACGAGGCCAUCCGUCGGGUCACCGAUUAUGCAAAUGCAAUGGAAGCGAACUCUGCAAAGAGACGUCAAGAGUCCGACUCUGUCGGCGGGACAACCGCCCUGACCAGAAACGUGGCGACCUUACCUGAGCCCGGCCGGGAUGGUCGGGACACAUCGAAGUACUGUGCGUAUCAUCGGAACAGGGGGCACACCACGGACGAGUGUCGAGUCUUGAAGGAAGUGAUAGAGGACCUCCUGACCCAGUUCACGAAGAAGAAAGGCAAAGGCAAGAGAUGGAAGAAGUUCUUUAAGAGAUCGGGUCCGGACAAGAAAGACAAAGACCAGGAUCUCGACGAGGAACCCCGGCUUUCCGGCUCCAAGCAAGUUAUUCAUGUCAUAUUUGGAAGCCUGGAGGGAGGUGACAGUUCCGAAGAAAGACACAGGUGGUGUCAGAGCCUACACGUUGGGAUCGUGGAGGAUGGCCGGUCCGAAAAGCGCACCAUAGUGGAACCCAUCGCCUUCACAGAAGAUGACCUGCCCCGAAAUCCUGACCACGGAACGGAAGCCCUGAUCGUCAUGAUCGACAUCUUGGGGGUAGACGUCCAACGGGUAAUGGUGGACACGGGAAGUAGUGUGAAUGUGCUGUACAUGGAUGUUUUUAACAAGCUUAAGCUAGACCAGGCAAAGAUGACCCCCGUGCAGACCCAGUUGCCCGGGUUCACGGGGGACACGGCUGAACAAGAAGGGCUGAUCCGCUUACCCGUCGAGGUAGGGACCUAUCUGAGGGUGAUGAAAGUGGACAUGGAGUUCAUUGUGGUCAACCUGGCCUGCGUCCAUAACGUCAUACUCGGGCGACCGGGGAUCUCCCAGAUCGGGGCAAUCAUUUCCAUGCCACACCUAUGCAUGAAAUUCCAGACGCCAGAGGGAGUUGGUGUUCUAAGGGGAGAUGUCCGAUCCACUCAGAAGUGCUACAUGAAAGCGGGACGUCCCGUGUCAAUGCCAUCAUAA